CGCCCCACUUGUUUUCAGCCUUAGCACGAACAUGUCCAUGUAAUGUCUGUAGAAAGGCGUGAAAGGUAAACCUUUUCCUUGUUUUGUUUCUGGCUGCCAUGUCGGACUCUCUGGAGAGGUCCACGAAGAUCAACCUGCUGAAGGAGUCCGUAGUGAAGAAGCUUUGCGAGGUGUUGGACAAGUCUAACACCAGAGGAUGGCGAAAACUUGGAGAGAUAGUCGGCAAUGACAGGCGGUUUACGGUCAGCUCGGACGACAUGGAGCUGUGCUCUCUGCGGGUGUUGGAGGUGGAGGGCAGCCCCAGCCUCAUGCUGCUGAGGCUGAUGGGAGAGCGAGGCUGCACUGCGGGACACCUGAUCGACUACCUGCAAACUCUGGGCAACACAGAAGCCCUGCACUGCUUGAAACCACAAGUUCUGCAGAUCCUCAUUCAGCCCCAGUCCGUAUCUCUAAUAUGUGGCCACAAUCUGCGCCUGAGCUGCCACGCUGUGGGUAAAUCUGCAGUGCAGUACCAGUGGUUCAAAUCCAAGGAAGAGGUGCCAAACAGCGCCUUUCCGGAGCUGAUGAUAAGUCCUGUCAGUGUGAAGGAUGCCGGCUUCUACAUCUGCAGGGUCAACAGUGGAGAAGUGUGUGAAUUCAGCCAGUGGGCUCAGGUGGACGUCCUGAACGUUGGCAUGUCUUACGGACUGAGUUAUCAUUCCUUAGACGGCCGGUUGAAGUUGGUGAUGCAGCCUCAGUUCCAGCAUCUACAUGUCGGGGAAACCUUGAGGUUGGAGUGUGGAGCCGUGGGGCGGCCGAUCCCUCGAUAUCAGUGGCACAGAAACGGAGUCCCCAUCCCAAAUGCUGCACAGAGGAGGCUUAUGAUUCCUCAUGUGAUGCAGGAUCAUAGCGGGCGGUACCGCUGUGAGAUCAGCAGCAGCACCGACAGGAUGUGGACCAAUGAAGCGGACGUUGUGAUUGCACCAAGGAUAUCUGUCCAGAUUUCAGGGGCAACGGAGUGCUCUGAAGAUGACAUUUAUGCCCUUGGAGGAGGUUCCUGUGAAUUUCUGCUAAAUAGCAUUCCUGAACAACUUUAUGCAACUGACAAAGUGGCCCUGCUGAUUGGAAACCUGUCGUACCAGAACCACCCGCAGCUCAAAGCCCCCAUGGUGGACGUGUACGACCUCACCAACCUCCUGCGCCAGCUCAACUUCAAAGUGGUUUCUCUGCUCGACCUCACCGAAUCAGAGAUGAGAAAUGCUGUCGAUGAGUUUCUGCUGCUGCUCCACAAGGGAGUGUACGGCUUGCUGUACUACGCUGGACAUGGAUACGAGAACUAUGGGAAUAGUUUCAUGGUGCCGGUCGACGCCCCCAACCCGUACCGCUCGGCCAACUGCCUGUGUGUGCAGAGCAUCUUAAAACUGAUGCAGGAGAAGGAAACGGACCUGAACGUCUUCCUGCUGGACAUGUGCAGGAAGAGGAACAUUCAUGAUGACAAUACUCCCAACAUCGUCCUGAGGGUAACAGCCAACAUUGUCUUUGGAUAUGCGACGUGCCAGGACGCCGAGGCCUUCGAGCUGAGCUCCACCGGCUUCACCAAUGGAGUGUUUGUCAAGUUUCUCAAGAAGCGGCUGCUGGAAGAUGAAAAGAUCACUGUGGUGCUGGACAGAGUUGCUGAGGACAUGGGUCAGUUUGACGCUACGAAGGGCAAGCAGGCCCUGGAGAUCCGCAGCAGCCUGUCAGAGAGGAGAGCGCUGACCGACCCCAUUCUGCCCAGCGACAGCGCCAGUCUGGUCCACGCCCAGAGCCGCCAGUGGGCCAAAGCUCACGAGCUUCCCGAGAGUAUGUGUCUCAGCUUCGACUGCGGGGCUCAGAUCAAGUUGGGCUUCGCUGCAGAGUUCUCCAACGUGCUCGUCAUUUACACUUACAUCGUGAAGAAGCCUGACGACAUGUCCUUCUGCCAAGCUCACGUCACCGACUUUUCCCAGGAGCUUGACGUGGAUCCUAAAGAGAUGAACAGAGAGACUCCGGAGGAGACGGGGAUUUACCUCCUGUCCAGCAGCCUGCCGCAGCACUGCCUCUACACCCGGCUCAGCUCGCUGCAGAAGCUCAGGGAGGAGCUGGUCUUCACCGUGUGCCUUCAGGGCACGUUUGCAGACAUGGACGACGAUCAUCCCGUCCACUGGACCACGAGCAUCAACAUCGGCAAGCCCCUGAUCGCUCGGCUGGACCUGCACCGGGCCAUGCGUCGCAACAGCUGCAUGCAGACGUGCCUGAUGCCUCACAGCCCGUCCCACAGCCCGUGUCACAGCCCCGGGCCCGAACACCAGCUCCACCUCUGCCACGGGCCACACCAGGUCCAGGACUACAACCGCCUGUCCCCCCAGCAGCGCUACCUGGACGUGUGCGAGCAUCCUCACGGCGCGGCGGGCGGCUGCGGCAGCGGGAGCUCCUACUACGACAACCUCAACCAGUGUGGCUACGAGCUGGCGUACGACUGCGCCGGGCUCGGCGUCCCCAUCGAGGCCAGCGACGACAUCAGCGAGGUGCAGGCUGUGUUCAUCAACAGCCUGCAGCUUGAGCCGCAGUGAAACCAGUGUCUUAUGGUGCUUUUCCACUAGUACCUACUCAGCACGCCUCUACUCGCCACGCCCCCGUCUUGCGCUUCUCCACUACGGGCCGAGGUGGGUGGAGCCGUGCAGAGUAGGUACUUUUUCUGUACCUAUUCUGCCGAGGUUCUAAGCCAGGGGUCGGCAACCCGCGGCUCCAGAGCCGCAUUUGGCUCUUUAGCGCCGCCCUAGUGGCUCCUGGAGAUUUUUCAAAAAUGUUUGACCUUUUUUUUCCCUUUUUUUCUUUUUUUUCUCUUUUUCUCUUUUUUUUCCUUUUUUUCUUCUUUUUUCCCUUUUUUUCUUUUUUUACUUUUUUCUGUUUCUUCCUUUUUCCUUUUUUAAUCUUGACAUUUCUUUUUUCUCAACAUUUCGACUUUUUUCUCGACAUUUCGACUUUUUUCUCGAAGUGCAUAAUGAAAAAAAAAUCUUCCCCCGGUUAUAGCUAAUAUAGAAACAUCAACAUGCAGCAUGUGUUGCCUUCAUUCUAAGGCUUAUACAAGAAUUAAUUUUUUGCGGCUCCAGACAUAUUUGUUUUUUGUGUUUUUGGUCCAAUAUGGCUCUUUCAACAUUUUGGGUUAGCGACCCCUGAUCUAAGCGUGCUGACUCGGCCCUGGAUCUGACUUCAUCACAAUACACGCCACUGAUUGGUCGGGGGGUUGGGCCGUCAGAUGUUUGAAUCAGGAAGUGGGAAUCAGCGCGAGAACGACUCACGGCGAUUUUAUUCAACAGGCAACGGCAGCGCAAACGUCUUUUUCAUGAUCCAACUCCGAGGUGCGGAUGUUCAUAAACCUGGUGGUGAGGAGAGAAUUAAAAAAGGGAUCUAGACGGGCGAUAAGGAACGACCAGAUCUACCAGGAACUCUGUCACUUCAUAGCUGCUCACGGCUCCAGCUGACUUUUCAGCAGCGCCGAGACAAACAAACAAACAAAAAGCGUCGCUGCUUGAAGCUUCUUUCACUCUCAUUUUUUAACUUGUUUUCGAACACAAGCCACAGACCCAGCAGCACAUCUAUCAUCUCCUCCAGGUUCUACAUCUUUAGUGUUGUCUUUUCCGUUUAGAUCACACAAUCAAAUACGUCACAGCAGCUUCGCUCCAACCUCCUACUUCUCAUCUGGGUGUCUAAAAACAAACGAGGACGAGGCGGGACGAGUAGGUAAUAGUGGAAAAGUGCCAUUAGUAUCUGAAUAUUCUGCUCUUACAGUUACAUUUUAUCAAAAGAUUGUGAAGAAACAUUUUUUUUUUCUUUUAUAUCCCUGAAUUUAUUUCAUGAAUUUAAGCAUAUACAUCCUGAAUUUAUAUUUGUCUGAAAAAUUACAUUUUAUAAAUGCAUUCUUAGAAAAGUGAAAAACGUACGUUACAGUAGAUGUAUAUUGCUGCAGAUGUAGUUUUUCUUUUAGAGCAGUGUUUUAAAGUGCAGAUAUGAAUAUAAAGACAGAAGUUUACAGAGAUAUAUUUAAUGUGUAAGUAUGGCUUCGGUGUUGAGGUCUUAACUGAACAGGGAACACUUUUUUAGAGUCACGGUUAGGUUUUUUUUUUUUCUGGGCUGCCGUAUGAACGGUGCAGUGCAUCUUGGGGGAUUCACUUAGACAUUGUUGGUUUAUUGGAUCGGCCAAAGGGACGCAGUGGUCAGGUUAUUGAUAAAUCUCUUGUUCAGAAAUGCUGAGGCACAUAAAUGGCUCACUUUGUGAGUUUUUAUCGAGGUUUUUGACUGACACUCUUGAUUUGAAUCCACGUGGAUCCAGCGGCAGCAGCGCGAACUCUGUACCGGUCUGUUGUACUUCCUGCUCUCACCUAUGUCACAAAUCCUGUGUAGUGACCAAAGGUAUAAGAUGACAAACACGAGUAACUGAAAAAGUUUCCUCUGCCGUGUUUCUCGAGUCUCCCUUACAGUUAAAAGAUGGCCGCUGCUCCUCAUAAUGUUUAAAGACUUGACCACAACCACAUCAUCAGUCAGCUCAUGUGUACAUUAAUUUUUGUUUUUACGAGUGCACUGCAAAUCUCAAAAUCUUAACAAGAAUAUUUGUCUUAUUUCUAGUUAAAAUGUCUCAUUUUUAGUCAAAAUAAAUCUCAUUACACUUAAAACAAGACUCAUCACUGGAAAAAACAAUUUUC